GUGAAUCUUGAAAAUCUUGAAAUUUUAGAACGAGAGGUUUCUUCUUUUACCCUCUUUGAUCAAUGACUUUGGCCAAGGUUGAUGUUCUCUCACUAUAUGGGUUAAGAGGUUGAUGUUCUCUCACUAUAUGGGGUCUACAGAAAAACGAAUGAGACUGGAAGAAGAAAUAGAAUGUACAGAAAGAAGAAAGAGUAGUAGAAUUGUUGCUUUGGAAGAGAAGAAGCAGCAAGAAAGAGAGAGGAAGCUAGCACAAGCAUUGGAAAGGAAGAACAAUGACGUUAGGAACAAAGGAAAAGGCAAGGCAACAAUGGAGGUAUGCGAUGAUGACAUGAGUGAUUCUAAUAACAAUGAGGAUGAGGAGGGUCCAACCAAGAAGAGUUGCAAGAGCAAAGAACUUUAUCAAUUGAUCUCUUCAAUUAAGUCAAUACAGGAAUUAGGAAGACAAUCUCAGGAUGCAAGUGCUUCAGGAACAAAUGUCUCAUCUCUGAAUGGUAUGGCCCUAAAGCAGAUCUUUGAAAUGAUCAUUGAUUUUCUACAAAGGAAAGACUCCCUUGAGCUAUUCGCUGAACCAGUUAAUCCCAGUGUGGUGGAGCAUUACUAUGAAAUUGUGAAGCAGCCAAUGGAUUUCGGAACCAUGAGGGCCAAACUUCACGAGGGCAUGUACACAGACCUUGAGCAGUGCAAGCGUGAUGUCUUUCUGAUAUGCUCCAAUGCAUUGAAUGCUAGUCUAGAAAACUCAAAAUAUCAUCAAGUGGCUAAAGAUAUUAGUAGGCAUGCUAAGUGGAUUUUUGAGGCUCUAAGUGCUGACCCUGAACAUUUUGAAUUGGAAUCUUCCCUCAACAAGAGACGCUCAGAUAGAAAGCCACAAAGUAGGCAACGGAGAACCUCACGGAGGGUUUCUUCCAAACCUGCUGGGAUAAACAAGUCUAGUUCUGUUACGGUACCUGAAACAGAAAAGAGGGACAUGUAUUGGCCUCCAAGUAAGCCACUGGCUUCAAAAGUACUAUAUACUAACAAGCAUAUCAUUCAAUUGAACAAAAAUCCAAUUAAGUACAAAGAAAGUCUGCUGCGAUUUGUUGAGGAUUUGGGACCUAUUGCUCAAAGGGUUGCAACCAAAAAACUAGAAGCAUUUAAGGAUCAGCAACUUUGCAAUGAUGAAAAUGUUUCAAGCACUCAGAUUAUUCAUCAGCCAACUCCACAAACACCAACACAAGACGACACUUUCGAUGCUCAGACACUGGCACUUGCCCUUCCCUUUCUGAAUAGGCCACUCACUAUUCCUGGUUCUGCAGCUCAGGAAAAAAGAAUUGUCAACACCACUAAUGCUGGCAGUGUUAACAUCAGGGAUGGUUCUUAUCAGGGAAACAGGAUCUCCACAAAUGACAGCUGGCAUGCUCGUGCUGCUGCUCUUUUUAGCAACUUCUUUUUUAACAACGACAAAAGUGGAAGUUCUAGUGGAAUUGAGAGCUCUAAUGCGAGAGGAACCAUGAACUUUUUGGAUCUCUCAAAGGACAAAAAGAUUUCCCCACUUCAGAAUGUGUCUUCUCCUUUUGCACCUGUUCAUGAACAUGAUCACAAACUACAGCUAGGAGUUAACAAGACCAGUAACACAAGCCAGUGGAAUACCUCUGCUAGAAUACCAAACAUGUUAGCCACUGGAAGCUCCAGCAAUGUGUUUGCACGUGUUUAUCCUACACGCGUGAUCUCAGGGCCUCAACCUCGGCCAUUGAAUUCAGGCAACAGAAAUAGACUUUCAGGGUUAUCUCAUUCAAGGCCAGAAAACUUCAUGUCUUGCAUGCCAAGAAAUAACCUCCCAGAGUCAUUGGUGCAUCAGCCACGACCAGAAGAUUUUGUUAACCUCUCAAAUCUGACUCCUGCACCUCGAUCAAGGCCAGAAAACUUCAUGUCUUGCAUGCCAAGCAAUAACCUCACAAAGUCAUUGGUGCAUCAGCCACGGCCAGAAGAUUUUGUUAACCUCUCAGAUCUGACUCUUGCACCUCAAUCAAGGAUAGAACACCUCACAUCUUACAUGCCAAACAAUAACCUCAGAGAGUCUCUGGCGAAUCUGCCAAGGCCAGAAGACACAAAGGUUGACAUGACUAGUAAUUACCUUAGAGAACAGUCUCUUAUGUAUAAUCAACAUCACCACCAGCCAUGGCCAGCAGAGUCUAUGUCUAGCCUGAAUCCCUUGAGACUCUUUCCUUUGCCUCAACCAAUGCAAGAAGUGCCAGUUCCAAGUAAGAACCUCUCAAGGUCAAGUAUUUUGCCUUCACUAGCUGAAAACUUUUCUAAUGAGUCACACACUUCAUCAGACUUCAAAAACAGCAGUUGCCUAACGCAGAGAAGUCAAGAACUCACGCACCAACAAGCUGCACCCUACAAUCCUCCAGUGACUCAGGGUUUUCCUGACAUGCAAAUGCAGGAAGUCAAGGGAAGACUGAAAGGAGUUUUGGACCUGAAUCGGCAGUAGAACCUAGACUCAUGAAUAAAAAGGAAGAAAAAGAGGACCAGGAAAUCAAUUUCUAUAUAUUUUACAUUCCGGAGUUUUUGUCAUGAAUUUUCCCGAUGUCUAAUUCAUGAAUCAAAUCUUAAAUUUUAAUUAAGGAACAUAAGUAUCGAAUUAGAAGUGAUCCUAAAUGAGUUCAUAGAGUACAAGAAGGGUGAUUAGGACUGAAGUUCACGCCUUCAACUGUCCAUGUGUUCUAUAUCCUUUUUCCUUUUUAUGUUGUUGAUUUUAGUUUUUCUUUGUUUAGUUAAACCCAAUUUUGUUGAUCGAUAAGGAAGA